AUGGCGUCGUACCUGUCCCAGCUCCUUGGCCUCGGGCCCAAAAGACGCGCACCCGCGAUCGUGCCCACCGACGAGAUUGUGCCCCUGCACCUGUUCGACGAUACGGCCACCUUGCGGGGCUUCACGCUCAUGUGGACCUUCAAGUUCGACCAGGUGCUCGAUGCAGACAAGCUGGGCGAUUCGCUCUCGCAGCUCUUCCAGAUGGAGGGCUGGCGAAAGCUUGGCGGGAGGCUACGGCUCAGGCCCGAUCGAUCGGCAGAAAUUCACAUCCCAUGCCCUUUCACCAAGGAUCGACCGCCGCUCCACUUCACAAAGGCGAGCUUCAACAUGCGCAUGGCGGAGCAUCCCGAAGCAUCAAAGCUGCCAUCUCCAUCAGACAGACUCACGACCUUUCCAAGCCCUCGCAACUACCAAUCUCUAGCCCUUGGGCCAGGGGCGCCUAGGUGCAUAGACGAUUAUCUGUAUUCGGAUGCUCCGCUGUACGCCCUCCAUGUUGUCAACUUUACCAAUGGAACCCUGGUUUCUAUCACCUUCAAUCAUGUCAUCAGCGAUCUCGCCGGACUGAUGGCCGUCAUGAAGGCGUGGCAGCUCGUGUUGGCAGGCAAGCCCGAGGCCGUCCCGACGUUCAAGGGCUUCUACGACGACUCCAUGGCCGGACUCUACAAGGCGCAGCCGGCUGAAAGGUAUGUCCUGGCCGACAAGCAACUGACGGGCUGGCGACUUGCGGCGUUUGGACUGCGACUCAUCUUUGACUCGUGGUGGAACUCUCCGAUCCAUUCCAGGCUUGUCUGCAUUCCCAAGAGGACCAUCGACACACUUGUUCAGGCGGCCAGGGACCAGAUACCCAAAUCCACGGACAACAUCAACGGCGCUGCUGGUUCAUCAUCCUCGUUCAUCAGUGAAAAUGACAUCAUUGUAGCGCUGUCCAUGAAGGCGAUGGCGCAUAGCCUUGCCCCCAACCGAGCCAUCAUGGCUCUGCAAGCUGUUGAUCCCCGCAGUCGAGUCAAGUCGGUUUUUCAGCAAGACGCCGCUUAUGUUUGCAAUGCGCCUGCAGCAGCAUUUGUGCAAUGCAUCAGUCGAGAAACGGUCGACAUGAGCGUUGGGGAGCUGGCGCUUGAGGGCAGAAAGGCUCUCCUGUCGCAGCUUACAGAGGAGCAGAUGAAGGCCGUGGCUGCGCUGGCAUACAAGUCCAUGCUGAGCAAUGGCAACCCUCCUGUAUUCGGAGAUAGCGAUAUGGCUUUCCUCGUCUUUUCUAACUGGAGCAAGGCCGCCUUUCUGGAGAAGGUGGAUUUUGGCGCAGCCGUUGUCGAGGCGGGUCUGUCCCAGGACAAGCCGGCCCGACCCGUUUACUACCACUCCCAGAGCCUAGAAAGGGGCUCCUUUGCCACGAACGUCAUUGUCAUCAUGGGGAGAGACUUGGAGGGGAAUUUCUGGCUGAACGGAGACCUUCCAGCUCACGUCUGGCCGACGAUGCUCGAACACUUGGAGAAGUUUGCGUAG